CCCUGCUCCCUGCCCUCCUGGGCAGCCAGGGCAGCAAGGACGGCACCCAGGGAGUUGCCCCAUGGACAGGGCCCCACAGAGACACCACCGAGCCACGAGGGAGCUGCUGGCUGCAAGGAAGACCCACACCUCACAAAUUGAAGUGAUUCCUUGCAAAAUCUGUGGGGACAAGUCAUCUGGGAUCCAUUACGGGGUUAUUACCUGUGAGGGGUGCAAGGGUUUCUUCCGCCGGAGCCAGCAUUGUAACGUGACCUACUCCUGCACCCGGCAGCAGAACUGCCCCAUCGAUCGCACUAGUCGAAACCGAUGCCAGCACUGCCGCCUGAAGAAAUGCCUCGCACUGGGCAUGUCCCGAGAUGCUGUCAAGUUUGGCCGCAUGUCCAAGAAGCAAAGGGACAGCCUACACGCUGAGGUGCAGAAACAACUACAGCAGCAGCAACAGCAACAACGGGAGCAAGUGGCCAGGACCCCUCCUGCAGGGGGCCGAGGGGCAGACCCCCUCUCCUGCACCUUGGGGCUCCCAGAUGGGCAGCUGCCCCUGGGCUCCUCACCUGACCUGCCGGAGGCCUCUGCCUGCCCCCCAGGCCUCCUGAGAGCUCCAGGCCCCAGGCCUUCCUACUCCAACAGUUUGGCCAAGGCCAGGCUCAACGGGGCCUCGUACCAUCUCGAAUACAGCCCUGAGCGGGGCAAGGCUGAGGGCAGAGAGAGCUUCUAUAGCACAGGCAGCCAGCUGACCUCUGACAGAUAUGGCCUUCAUUUUGAGGACCCCAGGCAUCCUGGGCUGGGGGAACCAGGACAUGGCCCGGACAGCUACUACAGUCCCAGUUUCCACAGCACCCCAGAGGCGCCGUAUGCGUCCCUGACAGAGAUUGAGCACUUGGUGCAGAAUGUGUGCAAGUCCUACCGAGAGACGUGUCAGCUGCGGCUGGAGGACCUGCUACAGCAGCGCUCCAACCUCUUCUCCCGGGAGGAAGUGGCUGGCUAUCAAAGGAAGUCCAUGUGGGAGAUGUGGGAACGCUGUGCCCACCGUCUCACCGAGGCCAUUCAGUACGUGGUGGAGUUCGCCAAGAGGCUCUCGGGCUUUAUGGAGCUCUGCCAGAAUGACCAGAUUGUGCUACUCAAAGCAGGAGCAAUGGAAGUGGUGCUGGUGAGGAUGUGCCGGGCCUACAACGCCGACAACCACACGGUGUUUUUCGAAGGCAAAUACGGUGGCGUGGAGCUCUUCCGAGCCUUGGGCUGCAGUGAGCUCAUCAGCUCCAUCUUUGACUUCUCGCGCUCCCUGAGUGCCUUGCGCUUUUCUGAGGAUGAGAUUGCCCUCUACACAGCCCUGGUCCUCAUCAAUGCUGGUCGGCCAGGGCUCCAAGAGAAAAGGAAAGUAGAACAGCUUCAAUCCAAUCUGGAGCUGGCCUUUCACCAUCAUCUCUGCAAGACUCAUCGCCAAGGCAUCCUGGCAGAGCUGCCACCCAAGGGGAAGCUUCGGAGCCUGUGCAGCCAGCAUAUGGAAAAGCUGCAAAACUUCCAGCAUCUCCACCCCGUCGUGGUCCAAGCUGCUUUCCCCCCACUCUACAAGGAACUCUUCAGCACUGAAAUCGACUCACCUGAGGGGCUGCCCGAGUGACCUGGAAGGGGACUCCUUUCCCUUCCCUAGAGCCUGCUGGACCACCUCUCUUGAUCCCUUCCCACCCUCAACCUUUUACUUUCCUGUGCCCCCUGGAGGGUGGCCCUGUCUGUUCUGUGGGACUGAGCAAGUGCUGAGACUGGUUUUC